GACUUGUUGAACUUUUCACUCAAAAAAGUCUCGCAUUUGUGAUAAUCAGACAAAACAUUGAAUCAAAACUCACAACCGAUUACUGAUGUCUGAAUAGUAUAUAAAAAAAAGUUUGUCAUCAGAAAAGUAGACAUUCAGUGAAAACAGACGUCCCAUUGAUUACACGCCGGUGUUUACAGUGAGAGGUUGUCCUCAAAGUACAGAGAGUUGAGUACAUUAUAAGGAAAGGGAGGUAUAAGUAGUGGUAUUGACGGCAAUGGAUGUGUUUGGAGGCACUAGCGAUGGCUUGUCGUUGACAUCAGCGCUCAAAACUGUGGCCUUUUAUCUCAUGAUCAGUGUCUGUGUGGCUCAGACACUAUACCCACUGUUGAUGAUCGUCAAUAUGUGGCUCCGGAGGGCUAACAUCUUCUAUCACUACUUCCACAAAAUAGCCUUAUAUUUCUUCAGAUCAGUUCUCAAUCUGAACUUCAGAUCACAUAACGUGUCCAUAAUUAUCAAUACUUGUGACCAAAUGUCUGACGAAUUGAUGUCUUCAUCAAAGGUGGACGAGAAGAGUGUCCGACACGGAGGAGAGCUGGUGGCGGCUGUGUUGCGAUCGCAUGGCGUCGAGAAUAUCUUCACUCUGUCGGGCGGACACAUCGCUCCCAUUCUCACCGCAUCCGAGAAGCUCGGGAUCCGAGUGGUGGACACCAGGCAUGAGGUGACAGCUGUGUUUGCGGCCGACGCCACCGCCCGACUGUCGGGCAUCCCUGGCGUGGCUGUCGUGACGGCGGGUCCCGGAGUGACCAACACUGUGACGGCCGUCAAGAACGCACAGAUGGCUGAGUCGCCAAUCGUGGUGUUAGGCGGCGCCGCGGCCUCUCUUCUCAAAGGCAAAGGCGCUCUUCAAGACAUCGAUCAGAUUUCGCUCUUCAAACCGAUCACAAAGAUGGCGACGACUGUCACCAAAGUCAGAGAUAUUGUGCCGAAACUGCGCGAAGCCUUCAAAGUGGCCCAAAGCGGAACUCCCGGCCCCAUUCUCAACACAUGUUUGGGUGAACUUUUCGGGCCCUUUAAGAUGAAUGUCAAAUACUUCAAUCGUUUGCAUUCACGAAACGAGUCAUCCAUUAGUUCCCAAUCUUUGGGAUAUUCGCCACUGAAUGCCAAACGAGUCAAACGGUUCCCAAAAUGUUCACUCAAUACUCGCCACAAAUCUCUCAUUACAUUCACUGAAGAGAUAUGCAAAUUAAUGGACAGUUUCUUAAGACUCCGACAAUUGGUUCCGAUUUUGCUCAACUGA